AUGAAAUAAAUAAUUAUUCUACUAUUGUUAAUCCUAAUCAUAAAUUGUUUAGAUAUUCAAGCAUGUUCAUGUUUAAGUCUUUAGACAUAAUAUGAUUGUGAAAAUUCAGUUACAUUUUAAAUUGCUAAUCAAGACUUGUUUGAUCUUAGAUUUUGCCAUUGGUAGUAAGGAAAAUGUUUUGAUAUUCGAAAGGAUAUCAAAAUUACUUGCAAUUUUUAAGGAUAAGAGAAUUGUUUAAAUCUACCUUAAUGUGCUUGGUAUAAUAACAAAUGUCAAACAUUUACAAAAUGUUCAGAUUACAUAUAUGAUAAAAGUAUUCUAUCUACAUCUUGUGAAAAUAAUUAUUGUUUAGAUAAUGGCACAACAUGUGCUUUUGAUUUAAUAGGUAGAGAGGAAUAAAAAUGUGAGGAUAUAGCUUAGGAAGAAAUUUGCGUAAAACAUUAUUUGUUAUAUAAAAAUACAAUCUGUAAUUGGAAUGGAACUUAAUGUGUUGGAUAAAUAAUCUCAUCAUGUUCUGGUUUGAAUCAAAAAUAAUGUAUAUAAGCUAAUUCAUAGUGUUCUUGGAAAAAUAAUACAUGUGGCAAAAGAAAAUGUGAAGACGGUUAAUAUUCUUAUUCUUAGGAUGAAGGAGUCAAACUAUGUUCAAGUUUUUUAGAUAUUGAAACAAAUUAAGUUAUAUAUUGUUCAUUAAAUGAAGAGGGAUAAUGUAUAAUUUAUGAUCCUGUAGAUUUAGAUAGAAAAAACUGCCAUGCAUAAUCAUUUUAAUAGUAUGCAUGGGAUCCAAAUAAUUAAGAAUGUAAAAAAUGUAUCUGA